AUGCAACGAAAAGUUAUGAAAGUGAAGAAAAGUUUGGCGCAACAAUCAAGCUCAUACUCAUGCUAUUUCCGUCUGUUGGAAUACUUCAAACAUAUUAAGUUAAGGCUUGGAACUCAUAAAAAAGAUGCUUCUGAUAUUGAUGAAAGAACGAACGUCAAUCAAAGAAAGAAAAGUUUUAAAGACGAAAAGGUUUUUAUUUCUGGUUUAAAAAUGUCACACAUUUAUGUUGAUGUUGAAGAUAAAAAUGAAAAGCUGAAAUGUGAUAAGGCAUGGUCAUUAUAA